AUGGCUUUCAGCAGCCAAAGAGCCUCCACUUCUGCUCCUUCAGCUUCUCAAUGCAAAUAUCAAGUGUUCUUGAGUUUUAGGGGCGUAGACACUCGCAGGGGUUUUACCGCUCAUCUAUAUGACAGGUUGUGGUUUCGCUCAAUUACAACUUUUAGGGACGACAAUGAACUUGAAAGAGGUACAACUAUUUCACCAACUCUACUGAGAGCAGUCGAAGAAUCAUGGUUUGCGAUCGUUAUCCUCUCACCAAACUAUGCUUCUUCCACCUGGUGCUUAGAUGAGGUUUCAAAGAUUGUUGAGUGCAUGAAAAUCGACACCAUUCUACCAGUUUUUUAUGAUGUAGAUCCCUCUGAUGUUCGAAAGCAAAUGGGAACUUUUGCGGAAGCCUUCAACAAGCAUAAAAUGAAAUUUAAAAAAGAAAAAGAAAAGGUUCAACGGUGGAGAGAUGCUCUUACAAAAGUUGGUAAUAUCGCUGGGUGGACUUCAAAAGAUAGGUAUGCAUGCACAAAUGCACAGGUGAGGACCUUCACCAAGUGUGUGAGGAUUUGA